GAGAAGGAAGUGAGCAUCUAUGAGACUGCAGGCGAUGUUGUGGGUAAUCGGACUAAUUUUCAGUCACAGGAUGGAGCACCACAGACUCCAAAGCAUCCUACAGUCCAGAGAGGGCUUGUCGGAGGUGUCGUGCUGUGUUUGGUGAUGUUAGCUGGGAUCAUCACUCUGUCCAUAUACAUAACCUUGAAAAUGAGCGAAAUGAACAACAGUAAAAAUCAGCUGCAGGUCAAACUUGAAGCUACGAAAACUAACUUCAGUCAGCUGCAGAGCCGUCAUGAAAUCCUGAGUAAAAAUCACAACCAGUUAAUGGAUGAAAUGAAGAAGCUGAAGAAGAAGAUUGAAGAGAUCAGCUGUCCUUUUGGAUGGAAAAGAUUUGGAAGCAGUUGUUACUUUAAAUCCACUGAGAGUAAAACCUGGACAGAAAGCAGGAAAGACUGUCAGGAAAGAGGAGCUGAUCUGGUGAUCAUAAACAGCAAAGAGGAACAGGAAUUUGUCAGUAAAGUGAGUUCAUGGUCCUGGAUCGGUCUUGAAUGGACAGGACCUGGAUGGAAAUGGUUGGACGGAUCUCCACUGACAGUAACGUUCUGGAAAGAUGGAGGGCAGAACAUAUACAACAGUUACGGAGUGUAUAACAAUUAUGAAGGGAAAUGGAGAACAACAUAUUACUCUAAAACCGCUAACUGGAUCUGUGAGAAAAAUUCUUCCAUCUCUCAGUGA